AUGGACCACGAAAACAUCGGCCCAAAGGCCGAGAGAUAUCCGUCUCCAAAUUCGGGAGAUGAGAAAGGGCCAAUUGAUAGCGAUGCCGCCAAACUUGCGGCCAUGGGCUACACCCAGGACAUGACACGGAAAUUCUCAGUCUUGUCUCUCCUCGCUGUAGGGUUCUCUCUCACCAAUUCGUGGUUCGGCAUUUCUGCUUCCCUGGUUACCGGUAUCAAUUCAGGCGGUGCUGUUUUGACCAUAUAUGGAAUUCCAUGGAUCGCAUUUAUCUCUACUUGCGUGGGCAUCACCCUUUCUGAACUUGCCAGUGCUAUGCCCAAUGCUGGAGGACAGUACUUCUGGGCCAACGAGCUAGCUCCCAAGAACUACGCCAACUUCGCCUCAUACCUCACUGGCUGGUUUGCCUGGGCUGGGAGUAUUUUCACCUCUGCCAGUGUAGCCCUAGGUCUAGGAGCAGCAGCUGUUGGCAUGUGGCAGAUGAGCCACCCAGAGUUCAUUCCGCAGCCAUGGCAUACAGUCGUUGCGUACCAGGUGAUAAAUGGAUUUGCCUUCCUUUUUAACUGCGUCGGGAAACUUCUCCCAAAAAUCGCGACUGUCACCCUUUAUACCUCCCUGAUCUCCUUUGUCACGAUCCUUAUAACUGUCCCUGCGAAGGCACCAACACAUCAGUCUGCUAAAUUUGUUUUUGCUACGUUUAUAAACUCCACAGGCUGGAAGCAGGAUGGUAUCGCAUACUUGGUCGGUUUGAUCAAUACAAACUGGGUCUUUGCCUGUCUCGACGCCGCAACACACAUGGCAGAGGAAGUCGCAGCUCCCGAAAGAUCAAUCCCCAUCGCAAUCAUGGGGACAGUCGCAAUUGGAUUUGUCACCGCCUGGUUCUACGUGAUCUCCAUGUUCUUCAGCUUAAACGACUUUGAAACCGUUGUCAAGUCCCCAACCGGCGUUCCAAUCCUCGAGCUAUACUUUCAGGCCCUUGGAAGUAAAGCUGGCGCAAUUGUCCUUGAAUCUCUCGUCCUGGCUACUGGAAUUGGUUGCCAAAUUGCGUCUCAUACAUGGCAAUCUCGAUUAUGCUGGUCAUUUGCUCGUGACCGUGGCCUGCCUUUCCACACUUCGUUAGGCCUUAGCAAAAUCAACCACAAACUUGACGUCCCAUUCGCCGCUCAUGCAUUCAGCUGCACCAUCGUUGGCUUGCUAGGGCUCUUGUUUCUAGGUUCCUCAACUGCGUUUAACAGCAUGGUCACCGCGUGCAUUGUGUUGUUGUACGUGUCCUACGUUAUCCCCGUGGUCUGUCUACUCAUCAAGGGUCGAGAUAAUAUUAAGCAUGGUCCAUUCUGGCUGGGUAAAAUCGGCCUUGCUGCCAAUAUUAUUUUGCUCUGCUGGACACUCUUUACUAUUAUUAUGUACUCGUUCCCUUCGGUCUAUCCCGUCACGGCUGGAACUAUGAACUAUGUUUCCGUCGUCUACUUUGUAGUCAUAGUCAUUAUCAUUGCCGAUUGGUUCAUUCGAGGUAAACGGGAAUACCGUGGACAAACCGCCAGACACGAAGAAGCAGAAGUGCUUCAUCGACGUGAAAGUGUUGUACAAUAG